AUUGAGGUGAGUUUGAAGAGAGCGCAUCCCAAAGUCACGCCCCUUUCUGAAGGUAGCCCACUAAUGAUAACUGUCUGACGCGAAUCAGAUUCGGGAUUAUCAGAUGAAUUAUGAAGAAGUGCGUGGGUCAAAAAGUCUUAAAAUCUGUCACGCAAAACUGAUUUAGUCAAUCGAAACUAAACAUUUAGCAGAUCCAAAAAGCUGUUUCAAAGAGUGCGAGAACCCAGAAAUAUCUCAGGCAGAAUGGGGCAAAAUUGCCUUUGUUCCUUCAGGACAGACAGGACUCCGUGAAAACGGGUUGCGAUGGCGUCUUGCCUCCUCGAUUGUCGCGAGGCAGAAACAACAUGAUUCCACCGACAACUGAGGGAUAACUUGCGCAAAUAAGAUGCACAACUGAGGAAACACGAAACAGAAAGGCGUGUGUUGUAGAUGGGGAUGUGUUUCAUGUGUGCUUCUCGUGUAGAUCACAUGGGGUAAGAGGUAUCUGGAAGUUACAGCGCAAUAACGGGCAGCAUCACUAGGACACUCGAGACGCGCAUCGCCUUGUCCCGCAUUCAGAUGAUGGACGGAUUUCUGAUGCGCUAGAAAAUUGGCUCACCGCUGCCUGGACUGCACCGUGGACCAUAGUGGACCCCUCUUGCACCAUACGAAUUCAUUGCUAUGGAUUUUUUCGAUAUAACUUCAAAUGCAUGCCGUAUUUGAAAUAAGCCACAGAAAGUGAUGCUGCUCCUGCGGUCGGAAGGAAUACAAAUCGUUCUGGAUUACAUGUCUUUUAUAAUGUGCCAAACUACGUACAUAGAUCUUACUCAAGCAUCCAGCUAUUUGAAAAGUUGUGUCUGAAAUAAGCGAGCGAGAAUAUUCGUUUCGAGGUGCAGACUAGGAUCAACAACUCAAAUGGAGUUGACGGUGGUGGUUUUUGCGGUUGUGUGUUGGGCCUCCGUAUGGUCGGACGACAGGAUCAUCUCAGACAGACAUGCGGUCUACUGGAACAGUUCAAACUCCAGGUUCUGGCAGGGGGAAUACACAGUGGCGGUGGCUAUCAACGACUACCUGGAUGUGUAUUGUCCAUACUACGAGACACCACAACCUCACAGUCGCAUGGAGCGUUACAUCCUUUUCAUGGUCAACCAUGAUGGUUACCUUACCUGUGAGCACCGAAUGAGGGGCUUCAAACGCUGGGAGUGUAACCGGCCCCAGAGCCCCGACGGACCCCUACGUUUCUCUGAGAAGUUCCAGCUUUUCACCCCCUUCUCGCUUGGUUUCGAGUUCCGCCCAGGACAUGAAUACUACUACAUAUCUUCUCCUCAUCCCAACCAUGCUGGCAAGCCUUGUUUAAAGUUGAAGGUGUAUGUGAAGCCUACAAGUUCGGGCUACGAGUCUCCAGAGCCCUUCCUGACUGAUCAGAGCCAACGCUGCAGGGCAGACACCCCACUAGCUGUGCUGCUACUGCUGGCCUUUCUGCUGGCCUGCGUUUAGAAGCUUUGCAGCAGCCCAGACUGCCUACCACUCUCCCUCCAUCCAUACUCCCUCAGGGAAGCCCCCUCAUCCAGCCCCCUGCCUCACAGGCUAAUGCGCAGUCUGAGUCAUGCAACUGUGGACAGGGACAUUUGCCAUAGCCUGGGGCUUUUUGCUUAUGGGACAAAUUAGCAGCUGAUGCAAAGAAGAAGCGAGACUUAAACACCUGGAGUCUGUUGUGGAAUGUGACCUUUUAUAUAUGCUGUAAUGUAAUCAACGCUUAUAUUCUUGUGCCAUUUCUCAUGGUUCAGGGCAUCGCAAUUUUAAUCAAUGGUUUACAAAGAUUACAAACACUGAUUUGGAUAGCUAUAAUGCCCCUUUCCCCAUCAUCACCAUCUUUCCAUUUACAUCAAACUCAGUCCCUAUCCACCCAGAUGUUGGCACUGUCCCAACUGGCAUAAUUGAUGUGGACUUGCAGUCUCAUGGCCUUCGUGAAGUCCGCAAGACUGUGUAGGGUGUCCCAUUUCUAAUUUAAAGGAAUAGUUCACCAAAAAAUUAAAAUUCUGUCAUCAUUCACUUACCCUCAUGUCAUUCUAAACUUGAAAGACUUUCUUCUGCUAAACACAAAAGUAUCAUAAAUGUAGUCCAUGCAACUCACAUCAUUUUCUAAGGCUUCUGAAGGUAUACGAUAGGUUUUGUUAAGAAAUAAUCCAAAAUUUAAGGAAUUUUUCAGGGAAAAUCUUGACAUUCGUUGUAUAUUAAAGGGAUAGUUCACCCAAAAAUGAAAAUUCUCUUAUCAUUUACUU